GGCCCGGUUCACCCCCCCACCCCGAUCUAUCUCCCCGGCUUCUUCCGCCUCCUCCUGCCCCCGAAGCCGUGCAAGGACCCGGCGAGGGCUCGGGGCUGUGACCCCCUCCUCCUACUGGGGGCUUCCAAGGGGGAAGACAUGUGACUUAGUGGGUAUAGGGUUUUCAUGUGGUUUUUAAAAAACCCUUUGGAUAGCGUGAUGUCUUCCUGAAAUACGCUGUUAAAGUCUUAUUUUAGAAACAGCAGUUCAGAAGUGCCGGGAAUUUGGUUCCCAGAGGAAAGAGAAGCCUUUUGAAACUUUCCAAUGGUUAUUUUCAAGCUUUUUUUUUCUUCCCAUGAUGGAUGAAAAUCAGUGGUAUAACUAGGCGAUACUGGUUCCAAUAUCGUUAACUUGGGUUCUUACAUAGCGUCGGCUCGGUGGGAGUCCCGUCCAGUGAGUGAACUGCUGUACCGGUGAUACUGUGCUGUGUAUCACGUUUUGGAGCUGGUGAUCCUAAGGCAGGGAGGAGAACACAAAACAAAUCAAGUUGUUGUUUUGGUUUUAUUUGGGUUUUUUUUUUUUGCAGGCCCGCGAGAGAUGGAUUUUAUUUGACGUUUAUAGUAGAGGAAAAACGGGAAGGAAAUAGGCGGUACAGCUUUUGGGGCAGGAAGCAGAGAAGAGAGGAUUAAAGGAAAUGUGCAUAGUGAAAAGUGUGUGACGGCAUCAGACAAGUUGAGGAGCAGAGGGGGGAAAAGUGAAAAAUAACCUAGAGCAAGACAGCAGGUGAGAGGAGAGCAAAGGGAGAAGGUAACAAAGUGCAGCAGGUGUUUUAUUUUGAUUUUUAACAUUUAUUAUAAUUUUUAUGUUUAUUAUUAUUACUUUGGUUAAAGGUUCCAGGGGAAGUCUGUGCUCACAUGAGAAGUGAUGCUGAGGAGGCCCAAAGUCGCCUCCUUUGCCUGCCGUGCCAGGGGUAUGGGGUGCGCCAGGAUGGGGAGCAGGGGUUCUUCCUCCUUGCUUCCCAUUUUCAUGACCUUUUGUUCAACACUUAUGGAAUUACUAAGAGUGAUAAUUCCUUUUUUAAAAAAUUACAUUGUAGUGCCUCACCAACUUAAUUUUAGGAGUCUUUCAUCAUAUGAUCCAGAUGCUGUCUAAAUUAAUCCCACCUUAUAAAUGAGUGGUGGAUGUGUUGUUCAAUGAUGUCCCUUAAGUGUGUGGUACUGGGAUUAACAGAUUAAACCACUUUUGAGGUUUGCAUUUAUAUGAACACUUUUCUGGAAGGGGUUGGGCAAAGAAGUGCCUUUUGCCUUCUGCAAAAAAGCUUUGGGAAUGUUUUAUUCCAAGAAACUUACCUUGAACAUUUAGAAAAGGGGUUUGUGCUUCUUGGCUUUCCAAAAUUGAAGAUUAAAAUGUACAUACCUAAAGAUGAUCUUAAACACCUUCCAUGUGGUUCAGACAAUAGAGUGCUUUUGCAUCUAUUUUUUUCUCAUCUGAAUUUAAGGAUUACAGGGUUGGGUUUUUGCUGCUGUUAGGAAAGUGAUAUCGUUAUUUUGGAUCAUUUUGUAUUUAAAUAGCGGGCAAAUAUCCUUUUACUUACCAUUUGCAGGCUUUGAAGUACUGAUCCAAACUUUUCCUGUAGCACAAUAGCACAGGAUAAACGGACAAUCUUUCCACCAGACACAAAGAUCGAAGCUCUGGAGAGAUUGAUGAUUUUUGGAGGUGUCUUUGUAUCCAGCGUUGUUCUGGUCUUACAACAGCGAGCACUUUUCAAGUUCUACAUGAUCACAUCAGCGUUUCUGCUGGCUGCAACUUCAGUGUUGGUGAAUUACUAUGCUGCUUUGCACAUAAACUUCUACAGUGCCUACAACACAGCUGCAUUUGGAAUUCAGAUUUUCCCACAUAAAGGACCUUCGCUAUGGAUGGCACUUUCCAUCCUUCAGCUUACCUUUGGAAUUGGAUAUGUUACAUUGCUAAACAUGCAGUCCAUAUACUCUCAACUCAUCAUCCUGGAUAUACUGAUUCCUGUAAUUGGCUUGGUCGUUGAAUUACCUUUAAAUGUCCGGCAAGUACUUGUUUUUAUUUCAGGCCUAGUUCUGACACUAAAUACCACAGCCAUUUUAGCUACAAAAAUUAAGUGGUUCUAUUAUUCGGUACGAUACGUUUAUCUGCUGGUGAGGCACAUGUAUCGUAUUUAUGGAUUACAGCUAUUGAUGGAAGAUACGUGGAAAAGGAUUCGGUUUCCAGCUGUACUGCGUGUCUUUUGGCUAACAAGACUUACAGCACAAGCUGUGGUAUUAACUUAUGUAGUAAAGAUGGCUGAAAACAACACAGAAGAAAAAUUCUUCUUGAUAUCUUGGGAUAACUGUUGGGAACUGAUUUGCAGCCUGAUCAUAAGUGGGUGUGACUCUACUUUAACUGUAUUGGGCAUGAGUGCCGUCAUUUCCUCAAUAGCGCAUUAUUUGGGACUUGGUAUCCUGGCCUUCAUUGGGUCAACUGAUGAGGAUGACAAAAAGCUUGGGUUUGUAGCACCCGUCUUGUUUUUCAUUUUGGCUCUGCAGACUGGUUUAAGUGGACUGAAACCAGAGGAACGAUUAGUUCGCCUGAGUCGAAACAUGUGCCUUUUGUUGACCGCAGUCCUGCAUUUUAUCCAUGGAAUGACAGACCCUGUGCUGAUGUCUCUCAGUGCCUCCCAUGUGUCAUCGUUCCGCAGACACUUUCCUGUACUGUUUGUCUCCGCUUGCCUUUUCAUUCUUCCAGUUUUGCUCAGUUACAUCCUCUGGCACCACUAUGCACUAAAUACUUGGCUUUUUGCAGUCACAGCGUUCUGUGUAGAGCUUUGCCUAAAAGUAAUAGUUUCUAUCACUGUUUAUAUAUUGUUUAUGAUUGACGGCUACUAUAAUGUGCUAUGGGAAAAACUUGAUGAUUAUGUCUAUUAUGUUCGCUCAACUGGCAAUAUUAUUGAGUUUAUAUUUGGAGUAGUCAUGUUUGGAAAUGGAGCUUACACAAUGGUUUUUGAAUCGGGAAGCAAGAUUCGUGCUUGCAUGAUGUGUCUGCACGCGUACUUCAACAUCUACCUGCAAGCCAAGAAUGGCUGGAAGACUUUUAUAAAUCGCCGCACUGCUGUGAAGAAAAUCAACUCGCUUCCAGAGGUAAAAGGAGCUCGGCUACGUGAAAUUGAUGAUGUCUGUGCAAUCUGCUACCACGAGUUCACCACCUCUGCACGCAUUACUCCAUGCAACCAUUAUUUCCAUGCACUUUGUCUUCGGAAGUGGCUGUACAUUCAGGACACAUGCCCAAUGUGCCAUCAGAAAGUGUAUAUUGAGGACAAAGAAAAUACCAGUAUCUCUAACAACAACGGGUUUGUAGCACCAAAUGAAAAUCCUGUACGGGUUGCAGAAGAAGCUGCUGAUGCUGAAAAUGAAUUAAAUGAUGAUAAUGACAGUUCUGAUAGUGAUGAGGAAGAUGGCGACUGUGUGGCACAGCACUUGAAUGAGACUCUUAAUGUUGACUCUAACUCUCUUGGUGAUUAGGAUGUCCUUUACUAAGCCGUGAGGUAUUUGUUCAAGAUUGACUCCAACAGAAUAAAAGUAUCACUUUGUAGUUAUUGUACUUAAGCACAACAGCAGUAUCUCAAUGUUGAGUCUGUGAAUGGUGGUUGUUUACUGUGGUGUGUGCUACUGUAAAUAUACCUCUAAUUUUUGCUGGUCUCUUUCAUGACCACCUUAAAAUUAUGUACAUUAUUGUACAUGGAAUAAAAUGUUUUCACGUUUUUAAGAUGGUUGGAAAACACUCUUUAAUUGAUGUAGUGGUAAUGCUGUGCCAAAGACUGUAUACCAGUAAUCCCCAAUCAACGUCUUCUGGAUGCAAAUGAAAAAUACUGGUGAAAAUAGACUGUUCAGCCGGUCAACUCGGAAAUGAAAGCCUGAGCCAAAGCAGCUUUACUUACAAAUUCAGUAUUAGCAGAGCUUUAUUGCAAAAAACUAGUAGGUUGUGUUUUUUAAAAAAUAACAAAAAUGUAGGUUGGUAGACUUAAUGCUAUAGCAUUUGCGUAUGUGGAACAAAAGGCGACACUGCUCAGCUUUCUGGUGAAGCAGCAAAGUGCAUGCCAUGGAUGUGUCCGACCCUCCUGAACUGCCAGCUGUAGCUUGAAGUGCUUUACAUGUGAAUGCAGCAGCCUGGUGCUCAUCCUGUGCCUCCACUGCUAACUGGAGUGACAGGCAUGGCCUGGCCUUGAAGUCGAUCCUGAAUCUUUAGGAAAGGGGAACAGGGCUGAGAAACUGCACAAAGGCAGACCACCUUUUCAAAAGCAGCUUUAAUCUCGUACCAUAAAAAACCCAAACCCACUACAUAUUGGCUUCAAUUGAUUAGAACUUGCAGGAAUGAUGAUUUUUAAGCUUUUGCAAUAUAUUUACUGAAGUUAAGUUGAAUAAAUGUAAGAAAAACAACUUUACAUAUUUGGAAAGAAGACUUUAAUGGUGUUGUUAUAUAGAGUAUUGGCCAACUCAAGUGGGUCAUCUUCUCUUACUGCCGCCAUUAUUUCCAGUAUUUGACUAAAAAAGAAAGAUUUAUAUUAGAAGACUGAAACCCAGUACUUCAGAAUGUACUUCAGAUUGCUGCAUGUGUAUGUACAACUCACUAAGAUUAAGCUGGAAUAAAAACCUACACUAAGAGCAAUAGGGCAGGGUGCUCAGAUAUGCAAAUAGCUUCACUUUUAAGUUACUAACUGCCAUUUCUUUUACACUGAACACUGGUUUGCUUACUGGUACAGAUUCAUCUUUGGUCUUUUGACUCUUGUUUGGAGGUAAUUAAACAGCUUUCUGUUUUGAA